UGUUGGAUGGGUGAUAUUAGAUAUAUGAUGGACGUUGGUUGAUAUACGAGUGGGGUCUUCCCUCCGCCUUUAUCUGGAGGUGCGGGACAGCGGGCCAGACCAAACUUCAAGCUCAUCCCCCAGUGUACCAACCAACCGUAAUGUUUUGCAAAUUCUAGACAAUCUUCCCGCCUUCGUUUUGUUUCCGGUUCGCUCUCUACGUGGCCACCAUGGCCCCCGGCGUCUCGUUUGGCCGGACCGUCUUCCGGAGUCCGCUGCUGUUCUCCGGACGCGUAUCGCGACCUGCCGGUCGUACGUACCGACCCGUAGCAGUUCCUCCAGUGUAUAGAUCAUUUCAGAAGGCUUCCGCGCCGUCGAAGGUGCCCGACUUUGCCUUUGUGUUUGACAUCGACGGCGUUCUAUUGCGAGCAGCGACCCCCAUCCCCCGCGCGAGCGAAGCCUUGUCCCUUCUACAGUCUCAGAAAAUCCCAUUCAUCCUCCUUACCAAUGGCGGAGGCACCAGCGAGGCGGCCCGCGUCGCGGAGCUAAGCGACAAGCUCCAGGUCCCGCUCGACCUCGCGAACUUCGUCCAGAGCCACACCCCCUUCGCGUCGCUAGAAGCGUACAAAGGGCACGGCGACGCAAAAGGGGAGGCGGUGCUGGUUAUUGGCGGCGAGGAGGGCGGCGACGUGUGUCGAAAGGUGGCGGAGAGUUAUGGCUUCAAGAACGUCAUCACACCGGGCGAUCUCUACGCCGCACAUCCUGACCUCUGGCCGUUUUCCAAGCACCUGCUGGAGUACUAUCGGAAACAUUCGCGGCCGCUGCCGGCGCCCGUGUACCGUGGCCCGCAUGCGCUGUCCCCUGGGUCAGACGCGGCGCUGCGCAACCACCUGCGGUGUACGUGCAUCCUCGUCUUCAACGAUCCGCGCGAUUGGGGUUUAGACACUACGAUCGUGACCGACCUACUGCUCUCCCACCAAGGUUAUCUCGGGACCACCUCGCCGCUGAACAAUCACCCCUCCCUGCCGAACAAAGGGUACCAACAAGACGGGCAACCGCCCUUGUACUUCAGCAAUCCCGAUCUCUGGUGGGCGGCGCGAUGGCAUCUCUCCCGCCUCGGGCAAGGCGCGUUCCGAGAGACUCUGGAUGGGCUCUGGCGGAGCAUUACUGGUGGAGAGGGCAAUGGUGUGAUUCUCCACAAGGAAGUCUGGGGAAAGCCGACCCAGCUCACCUACACGUUCGCUGAGAACGUCCUCGGCAGCUGGCGGGGCAAGAUGCUCGGUGCGGGUACCGGGUGCGGACUGGAAGGGCUCCGGAACGUCUACAUGAUCGGUGACAAUCCCGAGUCGGACAUCCGCGGCGCCAACAAUUACCAGUCGCCGAACGGGACGAGCUGGAACUCGGUUCUCGUCAAGACGGGCGUCUAUCUGGACGGAAGCGAGCCAUCCUGCCCCCCGAAGGCGAUUGUCGAUGAUGUUUUCAGCGCGGUUGAAUGGGGUAUGAAACAUUCGGGUUGGAAGUAGAACCCUAGGUGCAAUGCCGAACUUGCGGUGAUCAGAGGGAUAUCCAUAAAAGCGCAGUCGGAGAGAGAUGCCCCACGCGGUGUCUAUCUACGGAUGUUCUUGUGGAAAACGUGCAACACCUACGAACGGUUUCUAACCCUAGGGAAGAAAUCGAGGAAGCUCUGCAUGG